AUGACCAACACCUACAUGCAUUUGGUCCGGCCCACGGUCUCCGCCCCUGCUGCCACCUCCACCGCAGCACCGGUUGGAAUUAAAAUCCACAACUCCGCUCUUUUCACAAUCUUGGAAAUUGUCUCUAAACAAGCCCUUGACUCCAACACAAGAAUUCUCGGAACAUUACUUGGAACGAGAAAUGACGACGGUUCCAAUGUCGAGAUCAGAGACGCUUUCAUGGUCCCAUGUACUGAGUCUGGCGACUCUGUCUCCAUCGAAGAGGCUAAACAUAAGACUCUUUAUUCCUUGUACAAGAAGACCCACCCUAAGGAGUUCAUUCUUGGUUGGUUUGAUUGUGCCAAUGAAAUCAACGGCUCUACUGGCUUGAUCCAUGACUUCUUCUCCAAGGGCGCUGACAGAGCAUACCCAUUUCCAGCCAUUUACUUGAACGUGAAAUACUUGGAGAACUCUCAAAUCAACUUCCCUCAAUUGACCACCUACGUUGGUGCCGCCAUCGGUAAGCAGGGUGCAGCUCAAAGAAUUGGCUGGAAGACUCUUGCUACACUGUAUAUCUUCACCCCUGUUCCUCAUGCUGUCACUUCAAGUACUGUGUCCGAGAAGUUGGCUAUGAACAGAAUCAACCAGACGCCAACUGCCAAGAAUGGAAUUGUUGAAUUGGAACAAGAACAUUUGUCUGCUGUCUCACGUGAGAUCUCUACUGUUCUGGCCAACCUUGAUGCGGUUUUGGCCCACAUUGACAGCAUAUCCAACACUGAUGCCAACCUCGACUUGUUGCGCGAGUUGAGCAACAGUUUGUUGAACAGACCUACCAUUUUGUCUGACAUGGACUCUUUGAAGAGCCUUUUCCAAGCCCACAACCAAGACAUCAUCAUGAUCGAGUACUUGACCCGUGCCGUCAAGGAACAAGUGGAGUUGAGUGCUCGUUUGUCCUCCGAGGCCGAAAAGAAGAUCGCUUAG